AUGGCGGCCGCGGCGACCAAGUCCGCCCCGGCGAAGGGGAAGGCUUCAGGGGACACCUACAGGGAGAAUUCGCGAUCCAAGGAUGUGAGGAUUUCGAAUAUCGAGGCCGCGAAGGCCGUCGCGGACGCCGUCCGGACCUCCCUCGGGCCCCGCGGCAUGGACAAAAUGGUCGCCCAGGCCGACGGCGAGGUCAUCAUCACGAACGACGGCGCGACGAUCCUGGACAAGAUCUCCGUCAUGCAGCCCGCGGCGAAGAUGCUGGUCGACCUGGCCAAGAGCCAGGACAUCGUGGCGGGCGACGGCACGACGACGGUGACGGUGCUGUGCGGCGCGCUCCUCAAGAAGUGCAUGGACCUCCUCGGCAAGGGCAUCCACCCGACGGCCAUCUCAGACUCGUUCUACCUGGCGAGCAAGCGCGCGGCGGAGAUUCUCGACGGCAUGGCCAAGCCCAUCGACCUGACGGACCGGGACAGCUUCCUCAAGUCGGCGAGCACGUCGCUCAACAGCAAGGUCGUGAGCCAGUUCUCGCCGAUCCUGUCGCCGAUGGCGGUGGACGCGGUGUACGCCGUGCUGGACAAGGCGCGCCCGGCGUCGGUGGACCUGAAGGACAUCCGCAUCGUGAAGCGGCUCGGGGGCACGGUCGAGGACUCGGAGAUGGUCGACGGGCUCGUGUUCUCGCAGAAGGCGGCCAAGGGCGCCGGCGCGCCGUCGCGCCUGGAGAACGCCAAGGUCUGCCUGGCGCAGUUCCACGUCAGCCCGCCCAAGUCGGACAUGGACAUGAACGUGGUCGUGCAGGACUACACGCAGAUGGACCGCAUCCUGCGCGAGGAGCGCAACUACAUCCUCAAGCUCGUGAAGCAGAUCAAGGCCUCGGGGUGCAAUGUGCUGCUGAUCCAGAAGAGCAUCCUGCGCGACGCGGUGAGCGACCUCGCGGGGCACUACCUCGCCAAGGCGAAGAUCAUGGUCGUGCGCGACAUCGAGCGCGAGGACAUCGAGUUCAUCUCCAAGACGCUCGGCGUCGCGCCCGUCGCGCACAUCGACUCGCUGCGCCCGGAGCGCCUCGCGGACGUGGGGCUCGUCGAGGAGGUCGGGAUGUCCGGCGGGAAGGUCGUGAAGCUCACGGGGAUCAAGAACCGCGGCAAGACGGCCACGGUGCUCCUGCGCGGGUCGAACAAACUCAUGCUGGACGAGGCCGAGCGGUCGCUGCACGACGCGCUCUGCGUGGUGCGGUCGCUGUGCCAGAAGCAGGCGAUCAUCCCGGGCGGGGCCGCGCCCGAGGUCGAGCUCACGCUGCGGCUGAGCGAGUGGGCGAGGACGCUGGUGGGCAUGGAGAGCUACUGCGUGCGGGGGUUCGCGGAGGCGCUGGAGGUGAUCCCGUACACGCUGGCGGAGAACGCGGGGCUGGACCCGAUUCAGAUGGUGACGGAGCUGCGGAAGCACCACGCGGAGGGGCGGCGGUAUGAUGGCAUCAACGUCAGGAAGGGGUGUAUUACGGACAUGAUGGAGGAGGCGGUGGUGCAGCCGCUGCUGGUGACGAGCAGCGCGAUCGGGCUCGCGUCGGAGUGCGUGCGGAUGAUCCUCAAGAUCGACGACAUCGUGCCUGUGCGCUAG